AUGAAACCGCCACGAUUUGAUGGUGCAACGCCUUGGAAUGCCUACCGACGUCAGUUUGAGGCAGCCGCGAUUGCAAAUGGUUGGUCAUCGACCGAAAAGGCAACUGCACUCACUUUGGCCCUACGAGGAGAUGCUACAGCUAUUCUUCAAAGAAAAUCACUCGAAGAGCAAGAGGUCUACGAACAACUAGUAGGAAAUUUGGCGAUGCGAUAUGGCCAGUCUCAUUUAGAACAUGUCUGUCAUACUCAACUAAAGAAUCGGUCCCAGAAGCCAGGCGAGUCCUUGCAGGAGUUCGAACCGCAUAUUGCGCGGUUGACAACUGAAGAGGGUACCAACCGGAAGAUCUUCUAUCUGGUUACCAAGAAAGCUUCGUAUCAGAAACCGAAUUACGAGGAUGUCUGGAACGCUUUGUGUUCUCUUAGAGAAGUGUUGCUUGCCGAGGACCUGAGAAAACUGGCAAUACCUAAGCUGGCAUGUGGACUGGACAACCUGGACUGGAGAAUCAUCCGAAGCAUGCUUGAGAUGUAUUAUCCAAGCAUAAUUUUCUCUUGUAUGGUUCUGAUGGUACUGGGUUUUCCGCAAGACAGUGAUGACUAUGAACUAGCUGCGUCUCAAGGAAACGAAUAA